UAUGUUCAGAUGCGUUUUGUUGUAUUGCGAAUGUUUGAGUGUGCGCGUGAUCGGAAGUUUGACAAAGAUGUUUCAAAAUAAUGGCGCCGCCUAUUGAUACAGAAUGCAGAAAGCAGAGUAUUACUAGCGAGUCAAAAGCAGACGAGGUAAGAAGAUUGUUUCACAAGUUCAUGUUGAAGGCGUACUUUAUUUUCGAAUUAAUUUUCGAGACGAUUUAUAUGUAUUAAUUGGAAUUGCAUGUAGCAGUCAUAAAUCAAAGCCGUUUGACCUCUUCACGGGUUCCAAAACGCGCCCAACACCACGUGACGUGGCAAAGCGCAGUAAGAAUUGCAUGUGUUCAUUAAUUCCGAGCUUGGUAGUUCUCUGUCCUUUUUUUUUAGUGAUUGUGUUAUGUUGUGGUAUCUUUCGUGUGUGUAAUUAGUGUGUUGGUGCUAUCUCUGAAAAAGUUUAGAAUUUAGAUUCAGUGCAGAUUCUUUUAUUUAUGAAGGAGAUCGAUAAUAUUUGACUCAACGGUGAGAAAUACUCAAGUACCAGGGAUAAUAAGAUCAUCAUUUGAAUCAAGGUUCUGGCCAUGUCGGGGGCUGUUGUGCGGGCCGGCGGAGUGACUCCGGUGGAUGAUCCGGACAGGAAGUGUCUGAAGUGUGGAGACCACUGCCCCGGAUUCGCGCCACAUUUCUGGAGGAAAGUUUGCCGGAAUUGCAAGUGUCCUCGUGAGGAGCACAGUGGAGGUAUGGCGGCCACUGGUAAUCCUCUGGGUCAGGGCGCCGGUCCUCCUCCGUCUCUGCCCCCAACGUCUGGCGGCGGGGGUGGCAGUGCAACGGGAGUCGCUCUUGGUCUCUUAGACCCGACAGACAAACUUCUCGGCAAGGGAGUCCAGUACGGACAAUCUACUGACCCCCACCGACACUCGCAAUCCGAUGACGAUUCGGGAUGUGCCUUGGAGGAGUACACGUGGGUGCCACCAGGUCUGCGUCCGGAUCAGGUGCACGUGUACUUCUCCGCGUUGCCAGAGGACAAGGUGCCGUACGUGAACUCCGUCGGGGAGCGGUACCGGGUGCGACAACUGCUGCACCAGCUGCCGCCCCACGACAACGAAGUGCGCUACUGCCACAGCCUGUCCGACGAGGAGCGCAAGGAACUGCGACUGUUCUCCGCGCAGAGGAAGCGCGAGGCCCUGGGUCGCGGCUCCGUCCGGCAGCUGCCAGCUCCCAUGACGUGCGAUGCGUGUGAGGAGGGCCUGUCGAGUGGUGAUAUCUGUGUGUUCGCGUCACGCGCAGGACCCAACACAUGCUGGCAUCCAGCGUGCUUCACAUGUUGCAUCUGUAAGGAGUUACUUGUGGAUCUCAUCUACUUCUAUCGGGAGGGUAAACUAUAUUGUGGCCGACACCAUGCCGAGACGCUAAAGCCGAGGUGCUCUGCUUGCGAUGAGAUCAUUCUUGCCGACGAGUGCACAGAAGCGGAGGGUCGUGCCUGGCAUAUGAAACACUUUGCCUGUUUUGAGUGUGAUCGGCAGCUGGGAGGACAACGUUACAUUAUGCGGGAUGGCAGGCCCUACUGCCUGCACUGCUUUGAUGCCAUGUUUGCGGAAUACUGCGACUCGUGCGGGGAGCCUAUUGGUGUAGAUCAAGGUCAGAUGAGCCAUGAAGGACAGCACUGGCAUGCCACAGAGCAGUGUUUUUGCUGUCAUACCUGUCGAUCUUCCCUACUUGGGCGGCCCUUUCUACCGCGUCGAGGUGCCAUCUACUGCUCGAUUGCAUGCAGCAAAGGGGAGCCCCCGACACCAUCUGACAGCUCAGGGCCGGGCCCACGACUAAGCCACAGUGCCCUGAGACAGCAGCGCCACCAGCGAGCACGACCACCAUCAGAUGCAGGCUCUAGCACACCUCCCACCUCACCUGGACGGGCAAGACGAACCCUUGGACUACCAGGUUCACCCGCCUCAUCUUCUGCACCAUCUUCACCACCCGGCCAGCUCCAAUGUGGGAAGUACAGCCGGAAUUACAGUUUACCUCAUCAACCACCACCAUCUGCCAUACAAUCUCAACAGCAUCAGCAGGUAUUGCGAAGUCCUCCUCCAGUUCGUUCUCCCAAGAUGGGACGCCGGGCACUUCAGCGAGGCUCUAACAAAUCCCUCCCUCCUACUCCACCACCCCCACCAUCCACAGAUCCUCUUCCAUGCUCACCACCACCUCCCCCUCCCCCUCCCCCAACAGUACAGGGUGAAGUAACCUUAUUACAGACUGAAGAAUAUGUCCUAAGAAAUCUUCCCCCAAUCCCAAGCAGCAGCCAUGGUGGAAGUUUGCAGACACUUUCCCAGCAAGCAGCAGGGUCUUCACAACUGAAUAUCACCUCAGCAACUUGUAGCAAAGGUCUGGACCGGGUUCUUCUAGAGAGGAACUUGGAACGUCUGUUGUCAGAGCAUGGGAGCAGUGUUGCAAUGGCUACUGAGAUACAGGCAGCCAGUCCAGAGCUAGAGAGACUUCUCCAGGCAAGAGAUCGUAGUCGAGAGCCCCUUCACCUUGCCGACCUUAACUUGAGUCUUGAUUCUUGGCAGCCUCCCUCCAUUACAGCCCACUCCUACCUGAACAACAAUGUGAAUGGCGCUGCCAGCAACAACAUCAGUACUCAUAACUGCAAUGAAAGUCUUUAUGGACAUGCUUCAUCGAUGCCAGAGCUGGCAGCUCAUCAGACAACGCCACAACAUCAUGCUCAACCUCCAGCGACACCAACAUCACCAGUGCGGAAAGUGAAAGGGAAAGGGCAGCUGAGUGUUAGGUUUGAGGGUGAUCAUGGUAUUGAGAAUGACAUUGUUGAUGCAGAAGAAGAUGAAGCAUGUGCCCCACCAAGACAAAGGACGUUCCCACGUAGCCGCAGUUACUCUGGACGUUCAAGACAUCGAGAAUUUGAUGAAGAAUAUGAAGAAAGAAGGACUCGUCUGAGAGGUCCAAGGAAGACAACUUCAGAAAGUCAUGUCCCUAGUGGCAGUAGGGACAGUAGGGAUUACAGGGAUUCAAAUAAGGAUGAUGUAGAUAGUUACUGUUCAACUUGUUCAUCAAGUUCAAGUAGUGAUGAUUAUGCGUAUGAACUUCCACCUAGAAGGGCUUAUGGGGGUGUUAGAAUAUCCUAUGUGCCGAAUGAUGCUUUAGCUUGUGCAAGACGACAACAGUCAGCAGCGGCAGCAGCAACUGCCUCAAGCAGUCCACGUUCGCCAACAAAGAAAGUGGGUGGUAGCAAUGCAGGGGAAGAUAAAGACAAAAACUGCAUAAUCUCCUGAUCCAUGAUGUUCUUAACUCAGAAUUUAUUCCGAACUAUAAAUGGAAGAAUUCAUUUGGGUAUAAAGUUCCCUCAAGAGAAAGUGGAAGGGCCAAAAAGAAAUGAACAGUGGAAGUAACAGGAUAUAUAUUGCUUUUUUUAUACUCACUCCAGAUGGAUACAAUAAAUGAGAUUCAAGCAAUAGGGCUGUGCAUGUCAGAAAUUCUGGGUUAAAUAAGACUUUGUGUUUGGAUUCGUGAAUAGGCAUGAAUAAAUUGCUGAACUCUUUCUGUUGGCAUUCUCAAGUCCUUCAGAACCAAACAGUUAUUAUUGACAAUAUGUAGUAUCUAGACAAUAGGUAUUUUUGGAGAUAACAAAAUUUGGAAAGUUUGAAUUAUGAUGAAUGUUGGUAAUAUAAUUUUAUUCCUAUUAUAUCUAUCUGUAAAAUGUAUUUGAACAUUAGUUGAAAUUUUCGCUCAAUGUUGUGUACUCUUCACAUAUUUCCAAGAACCUUCAGUUUCAUUUUUGCCUAAUGAAUAAUUCAUUUUUAUUGGCUAAAGCCUUUAUUCCUGAGGAGUCUAAAUGAACCUAAUAAUUAUGCACAGCCCAUAUACGAACAUUAAUAGGCUGUUAGACAAUCUGCAGAUAUGUUUAUCUGCAAGGUAAUACCAAUAACUUUCAUGAAAUAGUGAAUUGUUAUACUUUUAUUUUCUGUCCAUAAAAUCAGAUCAGAAAGUAACUCAAAGGAGAUUACACUUAAAAAACUAACUGAAUUACAUGAUCACUUUCUCAAUAUGUAUUUUGAUGAGAAAAGGUCUUGCUGCAACAAAUGGGAAAGAUAACAUUACAAGAAUUUAUAAAACCAUCUGUAUCUAUGUGACCUGCAAAAUGAAAUGUGUCAAGAAUGACAGUAGUAGCGCCUCACUGCUUAUGUGAUCUGUGACUGAUAUUUCCUAGUAUAGAAAAAUUAAUGCUUCAAUACUAUUUCCUUAAGGGGGCACAUGGUAGAAUAGCUGGCUGAGGCACUAUGCUACAAGCCAGAAAGUUGUGGGAUCAAAUCCCGAUGA